GUUGUUUCUGAGUUGUCUGUGAGUGACUUACGGGGGUAAAAGCUCCGUCCCGAAUGUGUUGAAUUAUCUAAAAGAGAGAGUCUAUAAAAGUGAAUUACUUUUCAACGAUCUCACCAACAAGUUAGACGGUCCAGACAAACAUGGUGGCGACCAGCACGAUAAAGACCAAGACCACGGAGGGCCUGUCCGAGCUGGUGAAGCGGCACUACGACCCCGCUUGGCUCGAGAGGGAGCUGGACCUGCGGGACGGUGGCCGGGCGGCGUCCCCGCCCGACGCCGCGGACCCCGCUCCCGGCGAGGACGACCCGGCUUGCGCGCGGCAGCUGGCCCGGGCCUUCGAGGGGGUGCUGUCCCGCGCCAAGAGGACCACGCUGCGCUGCGGCGCCCUGCUGGUCCCCGAGCUGCUGACGCGGCGCGCGGCGAGGGCCGUGCUGCGGCUGGCGUCCGGCGAGCCGUGCGGCCUGCGGGGCGCCCGGCUCCUCCUGCAGCUGGAGCUGGACUGCGGCGGCGGCGGCGGCGUGCGGCCGCUGGAGCGCGUGGCCUGGGACGGCGGGGUCGAGCCCACCUUCGAGCUGACGCUGGUGUUCAAGCAGGACGGCGUGGGGGGCGUGGCCGGCGGCGGCAGGUCCCGCUGGCCCGGGCUGCGGGAGCUACUCCUGGGUGCCUGCCUCUUCGCGCGCGGCUCCUCGGGGCGCGCCAUCAAGCUGAGCCCCGCCUUCCGGCUGGUGAAGAGGAAACUGUACGCGCCGGGGGCGGCGGCAGUGGUGGUGGAGUGCUGAGGGGGGGCGGGGAUGCACUACUGGGGGAGGGCGUGAAGGGGUGUGCGGCUGGAGGUCUUCUUCGACACUUUGCUGGUACCUAGACCUACAGCCUGGUCUGUUAGCCAGGUUCAGGCGGUCUUCUUCGUUGGUCUCCUGGUCACGGUGGGACCGGGUCGGUCGACGCUGGAGGAGACUUGGUUCACGUGCGUGGGGACGGGGGCGGUUGUAACACCUCGAUGCUGGGGGAGACUUGUUACACGUGUGGUGGUGCACUGGUGACCUUCCCACUGAAGCUCACUAUUCAGGCACUUUAUUCACUAUUCACUAGUGUGAGAUGUUUGAAAUGUUGCGUGCGAAUGUAGAACGAUUGUCUGUUUCGUGAGCCACUUGACACUUCAUUAUGCUUCUUUUUUUCUCUUUUACUUGUGUAUUUAAGUCCCCUCGACUCAACUCAAGUCGUCUCCAGACCUUGUGAUUAUUCUGGUGAGAAUGUCACACUGCGGUGUUGUACCCGUCGUUGUUUCACUGUUCAAUAAGUUGCGUUUUUAUUUUUGCCUUCAGUAAAUACCGCUUGUAGAUGGCAGGUUUCAGGAAGUUUGGAUAACAGUUUGGUUGUUCAACUAUUUUCCCCGUUGAUUGUAAUUUGAGUGUAAAGGAUAAACAACUUUUGUAUUAACUAUUUGUAGGAACUGUUUUUGUCAGAAGAUCUGUAUAUUUGAC